GCCAUCAUGGAGACGACCAAGUUGCCUCCGUCCAGCCCGUCCUCGCCGACCACCAGCUUCUCGGUGCCGUCCGCGGAGAAGGUGGACGGCUUCCCGCGCAGGUCCAUGCGCAGAGCCCGGCAGAGGAGGUCCCACAGCUCGUCCCAGUUCCGCUACCAGAGCUCCCAGGUGGAGCUCACACCGCUGCCCCUGCUCAAAGACGCCCCGGUGGCAGAGUUGCAUGACCUGUUCUGUAAGAAGCUGCAGCAGUGCUGCGUGCUGUUUGAUUUCCUGGACUGUGUGGCUGACCUGAAGGGGAAGGAGAUCAAACGUGCGGCACUCAACGAGCUGGUGGAGAGUGUAGCGACUAGCAGAGGAGUCCUCAUAGAGCCACUCUACCCAGAGGCCAUAAAGAUGAUCUCGGUAAAUAUCUUCCGCACUCUCCCACCCAGUGAGAAUCCAGAGUUUGACCCAGAGGAAGAUGAGCCAACACUGGAGGCCUCCUGGCCACAUCUGCAGCUGGUGUACGAGUUCUUUCUGCGUUUCCUGGAGAGCCCGGACUUCCAGCCCUCCAUGGCCAAACGCUAUGUCGACCAGAAGUUUGUCUUGCAGCUCCUGGAGCUGUUUGACAGCGAGGACCCCAGGGAGAGGGAGUACCUAAAGACCAUCCUGCACCGUGUCUAUGGAAAACUACUGGGCCUCCGAGCCUACAUCCGCAAACAAAUCAACAACAUCUUCCUCAGGUUCAUAUAUGAAACUGAGCACUUCAACGGAGUCGCAGAGCUGCUGGAAAUCCUUGGCAGCAUCAUAAAUGGCUUUGCCCUGCCUCUGAAGGCCGAACAUAAGCAGUUCCUGGUUCGGGUCCUCAUCCCGCUGCACACGGCGAAGUCCCUUUCCAUCUUCCACGCACAGCUGGCCUACUGUGUGGUGCAGUUCAUGGAGAAAGAUGCUACGGUCACUGAAUAUAUCAUCAGAGGGCUGCUCAAGUACUGGCCAAAAACCUGCACGCAGAAAGAGGUGAUGUUCCUGGGGGAGAUCGAGGAGAUCCUGGAUGUGAUCGAGCCAUCUCAGUUCAUUAGGGUCCAAGAGCCGCUCUUCAAACAGAUCGCAGCCUGCAUCUCCAGCCCUCACUUCCAGGUAGCGGAGCGGGCUCUUUACUUCUGGAACAAUGAAUACAUCCUCAGUCUGAUAGAGGAGAACUGUCAAGUCAUCCUGCCGCUGGUAUUCGCCACCCUCUACAGAGUCUCCAAGGAGCACUGGAACCAGACCAUCGUGUCUCUGAUCUACAACGUGCUGAAGACCUUCAUGGAGAUGAACAGCAAGCUGUUUGAUGACCUCACUGCCUCCUACAAAGUGGAGAAACAGAAGGAGCUGAAGCGAGAGAGGGAGCGUGCGGAGCUCUGGCGAGGCCUGGAGGAGCACCAGGAGCGCCGGAUGCAGAUGCUCACCGAGGCUGCCAGGAACCAGCGCAACCUCCAGGAGCGAGGCGAGAGAGGGGACCCGCCGACCCCCUCGUCCCCGCAGACGGCUCACUCCGACCAGCCCGAGCCCAAACCCAGCGGGGCCUCCUCUGGAGCCGGGGAGAGCGCCACCUAGGUGCCGCUCCACAGCGAUUGGAUAACACAGGGGUUAGGGGACAGGGAGAAGACAUGCAGUUGAUGGUGAAAGUGUUGGGAGACAGAGAAAGGUACAAAAGAAAUCCUUUGUUUUUCUAUCUUGUAUCAUCGAGGGGGGAGCUUUUUAUUAAAAAAGUGCACAAACUCAGUGAUCCAAGGUAAAAAAAAAAAAAAAAAGAGUACCUUUUUCCUGACAAAAUUGUGUGAAACUGGUUCACUUUUUGCUGUACACACAUUAUGUUGCAGAUCAGAAGAUGAAUAUUGUCCAAAAGUGCAGACUGUCAUUUUAAGUAAUGGCUGGUUUAUUAAACUGCAGGUCAGUACCUAAAAUUGGUAGCUGGCCUGCUUCAAACCUGCCUCAAAAUAAGAGAUGAAAUUUCUCUUUCGGUGCAACACUAACCAAGUUUAACACGUGUCUAACUUGUCUUAACAUUUAACCUGUUAACAUUAAGUCUGUACUGUGGCCUCGUAUUUAUCUUUUGGUCACAGAUGCUUAUUUCAUGCGUGGAUAGCACAAGACAUUAAUAAACAAAAGAAGCAAUUUCACACAAAUGUCCCAAAACUAUUGCUGCACAGACCAGACCCACAAAACCCUCACACACAAACACACACACAAAUGCAGGCACAUAUUUACUGUAAAUAUGAGAAGACAGAGCUACUGAGAGUGUAUCCAGGUCAAACAAAUCCCACACACCAACAACUGAUUGAUGCACCAAAACAUUUCUCACACGCACACACACACACACACACACACAUAUUCGCUCACAGAGCUGGUUCUGGCGCUAACUCCUCUCCCAUUCUGUUGGGUUCCACCAAAGGAUGAGCCUAAAGUCCCCCCAAGCUUAAAUAACCACUGAAGAUGAUAACGAUAUAAAGUACAAUAAUGUUCCUUCUUCUUACUUGUUACUCUACUACUACUACUCUACUCUACUCUUAAGUACUACUGAUGAUGAUGAUGAUGAUGAUAAUGUUUUUAUAUAUAUACAUAUGUCUCUGGAUAUUUCUGUAGUGUAUUAUGGGAGAAACACUAGUGUAGCAGAUACCAUAAAGGGGAAGGCCGGCUCGAAUUCUGAAUUCACAUCACAUGUUAACUGUAUGAGGCCAUAAUGUGAGUGCUGUAAUUCAACGGCAUUCCCCUUUAACAGACCUUAAAGAGGGGAGGAAUGAACUGGAUUUGUGGUGUCGGUUUUUCUUUUAUUUUGAAAGUUUGGAUGUUGGUGGUGAGGUGGGUGGACUUUAAAGGGGUACUGCAUAAAAAUCCAAAAACAUUCCACAUUUAAAGGACGUUUCCAUGUAAUUUUUUGUUAAAGGUGCACUGUGGAGUUUUGUUAUGUUUCUGUUCAGUGUGUUACUCACCAAAUCACAUUGUGUGUAUUCUUCAGGCCUAACAGAUGUGCUGAAUGCAUCUCCUUACUCAUAAAAGACUUGCGAAGCCAGUUUAAAAAAAAACAAACAAACUUUUGCAUUGUUUACAUCCAUGUUUGCUAGCUAACAGUGCCCCCAACUGUCAAUGGAAAAGGGUAAACCCAGUGGCAUGAUGCUCAUGUGCAACGCAGACAAAAGGAGGACCCAUUCAUAACAACACCGCUCUAUACUGCAACUAUUGGUCAAAAACUCCACAGGGGACCUUUAAUUUUGAUGUUUUUUGAUGUUUUUGAGAAUGUUUUGGUUUAACAAAUUUACUAAUCUGUGCCAAGGCCACAGAUCAAGAUGAAGUUUAGAGCCACCCCUGCAAAAAUGAAUCCAAGCCUAUCAGUGCGCUCCGCCCAACACAGCGGUUACCAGAGGAUGAAUGAAGUGCACCACACGUGUCUCGAACCAAAAGAAAAACACCAUAAUCCAGUUGGAUUUCUGAACCCCGAGCGUCUGUUCCUUUAGGCUCAGCAGACCUGACGCUGCUAGAUGGCAACCAUGACGAUGAUAACUUUUUCGGUGUGAACCAACAAAAAUCUGUUUAUUCUUGUCUGAUUAUUAUGAUAGAGUGGUGGGAUAAAGAGAGGGUGGAAAAAAAAAACAGAAAAAAAUUAUUUUAGCAAUAUUUUCAUUCUUUCAGGAUAAUCUGUGUGUUUUUAGGGGGUUUAACAAGAAGUGGGUGUCACACUCAAAUGUUUACCCCCCCCACUCUUGUUUUUACUCCUGUUGCGUCCUUGAUAUUCACAUUGUCUUAAAGGUACUUUCUGUGUACAUUUAUUUGAUGAAAAAUGAUUUUGCUUUGUAAUUAUGUUGUUUAUUUUCUUGGUUUUUGUAUGAUCUUGUUCAUUUUGUGGAAAACUGAUACUGAUGCUAUUUAUUUUCUAUUUGAUCAGGAAAUGUAACCUUAUUUGAAGAUGAUGGUCAGGUUGUGUAUGUGUGUGUGCGCUUGUGUGUGUGUGUGUGUGUGUGUGUGCGCGCGUGCGUGUUGGUGUAUAACCAGUGAGUGAAUCAGUGAGCAGGAGAUGUGCGUAGAUAGAGUGAUAGAGAACGAGAGAAAACAGUUCUCUCUUUGCUUCUUUUUCUCUCUCUCUCCUUCUCUCCUUCCUGAAGGACAGGGUUUGAAUCCGAAUGUAUCGUGAAACAAAUUGAUUGAUUGUUUUUUUGAUGCUUGAUACGCAGAGAUACCUGUUGGCUGCUUCGUAACCAAACAUUCAAAAACUCUCCAGACCAGCAGUUUUUCAAAACACUCACUUAAAAUCAUGCCUGAGUCAGCAAUGCUUUGAAAUCCUAACCCACAUUUACAUUUAAAGCUUUAUUGAGUUGUUAAUGAGUGAUUUAUCAAGAGUCACGAUUUAUGUUCUAAGUUUGGCUUGAGUUUGGUUGACUUGACUUCACAGCUGUGGUCACACAUAAUCCGUUGCUACGUCUUUGUACAAAAGGGAUUUGCUGCCUUCACACGUCGACAGUGAAACUUAACUCAAGGUUCACUUACUAGCUUUUUCUGCAGUGUACAGUUCACAGCUUUCAUCAGAGGAUGGAGUUGCUUGGUUGUCCCGGAUAAAGCUCAGUGGUCAUCACGUGACCAAGGUAUGGAACUUCGGUCACGUGGUCACUGGUGUUCAGAAUGUAUUGUCACAUGAUGGCACCUGAGCCAUCUCCAUGACAACUGAGCAAACUAUCUGUUGAUGAAGACUGUGAGAUAGGACUGAAAGCUCCGGAAAAAGCUAGAAAUCGGAGCCUGAGUUUAAAAUUAUUUAUACAUAUGGUACUGGUUCCCAGCUAUUUUAACCCUUAAAACAAAACAAGGCAGCAAGCGUGCAAUUCAAUUGGGUACUCAGCUUCAAAAAUACAAAUCGGCAAAAAUACAAAAGAGCAAAAACAUUUAUGAAAAGCAAGACAAUUAGAGACUUUUGUGUAACACUAAGGUGUUUUAUUUUCUUGUCCUUUGAAUUAAUUUGUGACCACUCAAAUUUAUAAUUAGGGUCCCAUCUCUUAGGAACUACUAUAUCAGUGCUGUAUAUUUUUUUCUCAGUUUUUUCUGUAGCGAUGGAUUAGGUGUAACUGUAGCCUCAUACCAGUUAACACAUAAAAAACCUGCACCUGCAGACACCAUGAGGCUUUCACUGUAGGCCAAAAAAAAAAAACCUUCCCAUUUAGUUGGAUUUCAAACACUGUUGUGAUUCAGGCAGAAAGCACUCAAAAAUACACCCGAAAACAGACUAAACUUGACCUCGCUGUCAUAAAAACUCAGCUUACUUUAUGAUUUUGUUUUGGCUAGCUUAUUCAUACAUUAUUAGCUGACUCGGGGGAAAAUAGAACCCCAGUUCCCCACUGUUGUAGAAUUUCUCAACGAUAUUGAUCAGUGAUAUUCCUCAGUUCUAGAAUCUUGUCGUCCAUUCUAGAACUGCUCCAGAACAGGAAGCGAGAAAAGAGAGUGUGUUCGUAGAGAGCUCUGGUAUCGCCUCACAGACAGCCAUCAACACUGCUUUCAUUCACUGUCACAUCUCCUCUUUAUGGUCAUUUUUGGCCAGAUUUAAAGAAGUGUUUUACAUCUGAGGGGAGGUGUGAAUGCAUUUAAUGAAAGCAGCCAGUAAAGAUAAAAACAGAGGAGGAGAAAGGAAGGAGGAAAGACAUAGAGUUAGACACGAUAGAAUGGCAAUAAGUCAGAGCAACAGUAACAAUGAAGAUAUAACGUUACCGAAACCUACAACCGCAUUACGUAGCAAUUUCACUGAAUUUCUAGAUUUGCACUGUCUGCCCAAUGGUCUGUGUUUGUUGUGUUGAAGAAAAACCUUAGAGAAGAUGAUAAAGAUGAUGCAGAAGAAGAAGAUGUAUAUUUUGGGGACCAACACAGUGGUGGGGGGGUUUGAAUGUAGAGAGGCUUACUACUGUACGUACCAUUACAGGGGGGUGUAGAAUGGAGGGAAAAAAAACUAUGUGCUAAAAAUGAAACUUCACUUUGAGAAAACA